ACACAUCGCCGUCGGGUUGAACUGUCAAAGAGUAUAUUGUGCAUAUUUGUUCGUGGGAUGUACGGGCGACAGUAGGACCGUGCGUUCAGCCUGCACUUGCAUCCGUUUCGGUCUUUGUGUUUCAUGGAUUUCUUAUCGGGUCGUAUUCUAGCAAAUACCCACGUUGGGAGCACGAAAAUUUCCACUGUCCGACCGUCAAGCCGCCGCAGUGACUGUGAAGAAUAUCAGUGAAGCUGCACCGGAAGUGUAAGUGAAUUAGUUCGCCGUCGCGCAAGGUAGUGAGAAAUUCCGGCUGGAAUUAUGUGAAGAGUGUCGACGUGCCGGGGAAGGAACGUGCACCAGACCAGAAAAACAAGUCAAGACUUCGCGCAAGACAAUCGACAGCCGGAGGUCACGGUCAAACUCGUGCUAUGAUGAGCCGUUCGGUUUUGAGUUCUUCCGCCGCGACGACGGCAACGACAGGGUCAGCUGCCGCAACCCCAAGGCCACCGCCCCGUCGCAGGUCGCAGUCGAUCCAGCCAUCCAGCCAGCCGAGGAACACCAGCUACGGCGUCCAUGCGCCCCGACUCUCUCUGUUCGAGUCGCGAUCCAAUGACGAAGGCGUAAGUCAGAUACGAAUAAAAGUCCUUGCUGGGAAAAGUUUAGCAAAAAAGGACAUUUUUGGAGCAAGUGAUCCUUAUGUACGCAUUGAUUUGAAUACAAUAAAUGGCGAUAUAAAUAUUGAUUCAGUACUAACCAAAACAAAAAAGAAGACACUAAAUCCUGUUUGGAAUGAGGAGUUCCUUUUUAUGGUGAAACCAACUGAACACAAAUUAGUUUUUCAAGUAUUCGAUGAAAAUCGUUUAACACGUGAUGAUUUUCUUGGAAUGGUUGAAUUGACACUUGUGAAUUUACCGAAGGAGCAGGAUGGCCGUGUAAUAUCGCCUAAAAGUUAUCCUUUGAGACCCAGAAGGUCAGUUGGUGCCAAGUCGAGAAUAAAGGGAACAUUAGAGAUCUAUCAUGCAUUUGUUAAAGAUACUCCGGAUUCGGCAGCUUCAUCGCUCAAUGAGAAUGAAUGGGAAGUAGUAGAGAAUGGUGUAACGCAAACUAAUGUUGCAGUGAGUACUACGAACUCUUUUGCAUCAAAUCCUGCAGUAGAGCCUUUGCCUCCGGGCUGGGAAGAACGGCAAGAUGCUAACGGUAGAACUUACUUCUUGAAUCACAUAGCUAGAACAACACAAUGGGAACGACCGACAUUAAGUGAUCAAGGACGAUCUGAUGUUGACAUACUUGCAACAGAUUUCCACAGGAGGUUUCAUAUUAGUGCUGAUGAUUCAGAAAAUCAACCAAACCAGGACAACUCCUUCACUUCGGGAAACUUACACCAUUCUGUUUCGAUGACAGCUUUGAAUACAAACAAUGGGGAUGUACUAAGACCUGUCCGACCUGCUCCACCGGUCCCAAGAAAUUUCACGGGUUCACUUUCAUCAGGGCUAAAUCUUCGUAGGGAUCUGCAUGCAGAAUUGAAUAGGUCUUUUAUGCGAAAUAGGGGCUUGGCUUCCGCCACAAAUGCUCACGUAAACACCAGCCGCGCAAUUGAGGACCAGACUCCUAAUGAGACUGAAGAUACGGACCAGGCAGAUAGUGGUAACCGCAGUAGAUCUGAUGCUUCAUCCCCUUCAACUCGGCGUAAUUCCAUAGAGGAUAAUGCGGCUGUUGGACAGUCCGGAAGCAAUCCAGAAGUUGGUUUACCGCCUGGCUGGUCAAUGCAGGUAGCACCAAAUGGCCGAACUUUCUUCAUAGACCAUAACGAACGGAAAACUUCAUGGGUAGAUCCACGUACGGGACGCGCCAGUCCAAUGCCAAAUCAAAUAAAACGUGGAGUAGAAGAUGAUUUGGGACCCUUGCCUGAAGGAUGGGAAGAACGUGUUCAUACAGAUGGCAGAGUUUUUUACAUAGACCAUAAUACUAGAACAACUCAAUGGGAAGAUCCUAGAUUAUCAAAUCCUAAUAUUGCCGGUCAAGCAGUACCUUAUUCUAGAGACUAUAAACAAAAAUACGAAUAUUUUAAGAGUCAGCUUAGAAAGCCAACAAAUGUACCUAAUAAAUUCGAAAUUAAGGUUCGACGAGUAUCUAUUCUUGAAGAUUCUUAUAGAAUAAUAAAUUCAGUCACGAAAACUGAUUUGUUGAAGACAAAGUUGUGGAUAGAGUUCGAGGGUGAAACUGGUUUAGAUUAUGGUGGCCUUGCCAGAGAAUGGUUUUUCCUUCUCUCCAAAGAAAUGUUCAAUCCAUACUAUGGUCUAUUUGAGUAUUCAGCGAUGGAUAAUUAUACACUACAGAUAAAUCCGUUCAGCGGCUUAUGCAAUGAAGAGCAUCUUAGCUAUUUCAAGUUUAUAGGUCGCGUAGCCGGCAUGGCUGUUUAUCACGGCAAACUACUAGACGCUUUCUUUAUUCGUCCAUUCUACAAAAUGAUGUUGCAAAAGCCAAUUGAUUUAAAGGACAUGGAGGCUGUUGAUACUGAAUACUACAAUUCACUUUUGUGGAUUCGUGAAAAUGAUCCAAGUGAACUAAUGUUAACGUUUUGUGUAGACGAAGAGACUUUUGGUCAUACAAGCCAAAGAGAACUGAAACCGAAUGGUGCUAAUAUUGAAGUAACAAACGAGAAUAAAGACGAAUAUAUUAAACUAGUCAUCGAAUGGCGUUUUGUAUCACGGGUUAAAGACCAAAUGUCCGCCUUCCUAGAAGGAUUUGGUUCCAUAAUUCCUCUUAACUUACUAAAGAUAUUCGACGCAAAUGAAUUGGAAUUGCUUAUGUGUGGCAUUCAGAACAUUGAUGUGAAAGAUUGGCGGGAUAACACCCUAUACAAAGGGGACUAUCAUAGAAAUCACAUCGUUAUACAAUGGCUAUGGCGGGCUGUAUUGUCAUUUUCGAAUGAAAUGCGCUCACGUUUGCUUCAGUUUGUAACGGGCACAUCUAGGGUGCCUAUGAAUGGUUUCAAGGAGUUAUAUGGCUCAAGUGGACCGCAAAUGUUCACUAUCGAGAAGUGGGGAACACCUGACAACUACCCGAGGGCUCAUACAUGCUUUAAUAGAUUAGACUUGCCACCCUAUGAAAGCUACAUGCAACUCAAGGAUAAAUUAAUCAAAGCCAUCGAAGGUAGUCAAGGCUUUGCCGGAGUCGAUUAAAACCUGUACCCCAAGAAUGAUCAAAGCCAUUCAUCCAUCGAUAUCUGCAGCUUUUCUUCGAAAGUACUUACUGCGAAGUGUGUUUAUAGAGAGAAUCAUAUAAAUCAUAACGUAUUUCGACUAACGCGAAGUAAAUAUAUUUUCUAUUCGAACGCGACUUCUCAGACAAAUCCUAUCAAUAUACGGAAUUUUAUAACCCCGAGACCCCAGAGAAAGAAGAUUGCUGUACGAUCAGUCACAAGUGAUAACGUUUUUGCGAGCAUUGGCCCUGCCCUUGUUGUUUGUUACAUUCCACUAUGUUAAAUAGUUAAAGCCAUUUUAAAACAAUUUUAAUAAUAAUUAAAACAAGUGGAUUCAACUUUUAAGAAUUUAAUAACAGCUCCUUGGAUGCCCUAAGUUAUAAUUUCAAAGUAGUAGCAAGAAUUAUGAACGCAUUCACAGUUGUUCGUAAUGCAAAACCCCAUUUUCUAUUUAUAUGUAAAAACUAACUUUAGGUCUUUCACAUAUUUCACUAUUUCAGUACAAUGUACAUAAAAACACAGAAGACUUGAGCGAUAUCAAAUGUGCUAGGAAAAGAACAAAAGGAAACGUUUUUGGCUAGGAAAUUUUGAAUUUAGUUUUCUUACACGAAUAUUAGAUAUACAUUGGCUGAAAUUGUAAACUGUUAUUUAUUUAUAAUUAGAGAAUUCCCCUUUAAGUGAACACGUAAUUGUAUGAUUGCUCUAUUUUUAUUAUUAUUCAUUUCAAUUAUGGUAUAUAUCAAUUGUAUUACGUUUUUAUAACAUAAACCUUAUUAAUAUAGAAGAAGGAGACCAGCAUAUGUAUAUCUGAUUGUAUUGUUCCACUCUUUUCAUUAUUUCUGGUAUGAACUUUUCAUUUUUGAAAUUGUAAGGAAAAUUGUAUAUUAAAGUAGGAAGUGAUGAGAAAAGAGUAUAUAUUUUUCCAAAAAAAAAAUCGUAAAUAUAGCCCUAUAUUAUUAUAAAUAAAGAGAAUUAUUGUCAUUCUUAA